UCGGUUAAAAAGGUAAACCAAGAGGCGAGUAACCAACCCUGUCCCCAAUUCACAAAAAAAAAAUCUCCAAAAACAGGAGAAAAUUAAUCCUCCCAAUUGACUAAAACCCAUAUCACUAAUAACGAAUAUCCGAGGAUUUAAAGUUUUAGCGAGACAAAUCCAGCGGAUUGUCUGCAUCAUCGGGGAUAUCUCAUUGGAUAAAUGGCAAUUGGAUGAGCAUAAUAAUCAGACUAAUCAGUAAAUGAAAAAAUGAUUUAAUUGACGAGAAAGAUAAAAAAAUAAUAGAAAUGCUUGGGCUUCUGUGGCUGAAUUGGUGUUGCUUCGAAUGUCACUGAACUCGUCGACUUGUUGCUUCAUUACACUCGGCAUUCACAACGGUCAUGAAGUAACGAGCAAGGACAAUUUCGUGACAAAGUAAAACAGAUAUUGGAUAUGGUGUGCCACACAACAGUCCUGCGAUCAAAAUUCUCCGUUAAUUCCAGGUGAAAAUUGUAACGAGAAGAUUUUAUUAAUUCGAUAUAAAUCCAUCCGAGAGAGUUGAGCCAUCGAGACGGGAGAUUAUGUCUCGUUGUUCAAUAGUUGCCAAAUUAUUAAUGGCAAUGUGAGGGAGGCACUGAGUAGAGGAGCAAAAUUUAUUUUCAUAAAUUACGGAUACUAAAUUGAGAGGAAUUUGUGGGGUACAAGGGACAUUAUCGUCAUCGAGAGAUAAUGAUUACAGAACAGACGUGGACCAUGAUGCUGGAACCCGACGUACCAAGCUGCAAUGAAUUACGGAUAACGCCGACGAAACAUUUAUGGAUCAAAGCGGUGAAGAAACUGACGUCGGAGAGGCUCGGUCGAGAGGGUCUAGCAGCAUGGGGUAAUUUAGCGGCGGCGGCUCGACCCCAGGAGGAUUCAGAUCUACCGGAUAUUGAGGAAGAGGAGCCGCAGGGUGAAAUAACAAUAGUUGUUGCGCCCCAGGAAGUUGUCCUCGAGGAGAAACAUGAAAAGGACGAGGAGCCACCGGUUCAACCAGAUGUAUUUAAGAAGGGCCUGUUGUACAAAGGAAUUUUUUGUCCAUCGUUGACCACCAGUUUUCACAGCCCCAGUUUAGAAAAAUCUUAUUUUCAAUAUUCGAGUCGUCAGAGGCAAAAGUCAUUAAUCAUGUUGAAUGUAGUUGAUCUUGGAUUGAAGAUAGCCUUGAUAUCAAUAUGGAUAUCCCGAAGAACGGAAAAGAGCAGUGGCCUGAUAGAAACCCUGUCCUGGGUGUCAUGCUGCAUGCUGGCAAACUUAGUCGUCUGCAUCCUAGGCCUGUGGCGUUGGUUCUCCAACAAUUACCUCUACUGGGCAUCUAUAUUUACCUGGCUGUUAAUAAACACUCAAGGUUUCGUUGUUGCUGGACUGAAUUUCUAUUCACAACAGAGGAUGAUGUGGUACAUUCUUUUUGUUGUUUAUGCACCUUAUGCUAUGCUCCCACUGCCGUUGAGGUGGUGCGUCGUCGCUGGGUCUGGAACCGUCCUGACGCAUAUGAUUAUGACCAUUGCGACUAUUUUUUUGAAUCAGAAACAUCUUCAAGAUUUAAUGUGCAUCCUUCGAAUGUUAACAACAAAUAUCCUUCUCUACGUCGCUGUGAACCUCGUGGGGAUGUACACCAAGUAUCUGACUGAUAGAGGUCAACGUCAGGCCUUCCUCGAGACACACAGGUCCAUGGAAACGAGACAGAGGACUCAGAACGAGAAUAAUCGACAGGAGAAACUUUUACUUUCCGUUCUUCCAGAUUUUGUAGCGAAGGAGAUGAUCAGGGAUAUUGCCAGGGAGACUGCGAGUGGGGGAACUUUCUCGUUCACUCCCAAUCAAUUUCACAGGAUUUAUCUGCAUAGAUACGAGAAUGUCAGCAUUUUGUUCGCUGAUAUCAAAGGGUUUACAGCACUGGCAAGUCAAUGCAGUGCGCAAGAGCUCGUGAAGGUCCUCAACAGCCUCUUCGCGCGUUUCGACAAGCUCUCCUCUGAGAACCAUUGCUUGAGGAUUAAACUCCUCGGGGACUGCUACUACUGCGUCUCGGGGCUGCCAACAGCGAGGAGCGAUCAUGCCCACUGCUGCGUCGAGAUGGGCCUCGAGAUGAUCAAGGCCAUCAGGGAUGUUCGAUAUGCUCAGAAGGUGGAUUUGGACAUGAGGAUUGGAAUCCACAGCGGUUCGGUAUUGUGUGGAGUCCUGGGCCUCCGGAAGUGGCAGUUCGACGUGUGGAGCUAUGACGUCACCCUCGCCAAUCACUUAGAAAGCGGGGGGAUUCCCGGUCGAGUUCACAUAUCGGCUGACACCCUGGCGUGUCUGAAUGAGGUGUACGAUGUGGAGCCUGGGAAUGGUAUGGACAGGGACAACUACUUGAAGGAUCGGAAAGUCGUCACUUACUUGAUCAAACAGCUUGAGCCCCUGAGGUCCAGGCGGAGACCCUCAGCGAAGCCCAAAGUCUGGUCUGAGGAUGAGACUGGGAAUAAAUCGAAAAAGAGCUUCAAACUGUCGAACCCAUUGUCGUCGACAUGUAACAGCACGAAUACUUCUAAGGAUGAGGAGGACGUGGGGGUCGAUUGGAUCCCGGAAAUUCCGUUUGAAAAUUUGAAUAGUGCCAACUCCAUGAGCAAUCUUGAGACUGAAUACCUGGAGGACGACGAGGAUGAGGAAGGUGGUGGUGAGAAGCGACCAGGUGGCUACGAAACAGCGAGCAACAGGCGAAUGAGAUUGGCAAACAUAAACCCAUGGACCUUGCGCUACAACGACGACAGCCUCGAAUCUAAAUUCGGACAGCUUCGAGAGGACAUGUUCAAAUCCAACAUGACCUGCUGCUUCGUCAUAUGGAUAUUCAUCGCUGUUUGUCAGGCAGUAAUUGUUUCAGACUGCAUAAUCCUCUGGGGAUCACUCCUCUUCACGUCCCUGGUCUUCAUCGCGUGUUCCAUCCUAGUGAUGGCAGAGGAAUUCAAGACCCUGCCUGAGUACCUGAAGCACGCCUCCUCGAUGCUGGUCCUCAACAAAAUGCACAGGACGUUGUUCACUUGCAGUCUGAUCAUGCUGAUGGCGAUGACCUCCGUCGUGGGAGUGCUGGCAUGUCCCUCGGGACGUUACCCACCCCCAGACCUCCCCAUCAUCAGCGAAUUGCGUGUGAGACCCACAGAAGUGUCUCCGGAGGCGUUAGAAGGCACCACUGCCCCCCCAGCUCUCAGUGGUCUCAUCGUCAAGUUCCUGGAGGCUGCUCUGGACGACGAGCCGAGUCCUGAAGUCCUGAGGGAGCCUCCGAGAUCAUUGAACUCAUCCCUGGGAGUGAAGGACGACGAUAAUGCCGUCUUGAGCCAGAGAAGAAGGGAGACAUUCAGGUUUUAUCGGUACGAGACGCAUCCCGGACCCAAGAGGCACUACAGGAGGUUCGUGCCGAGGCACGAGGGCCCCUUCAGAUCCAGGAGAACCUUCUCCACCCUCGAGGCAGGGGAAAAUGCCUCUGAAGGAGGAGUCAACGAGUGGAGGAGCUGUCUUCAACCUGAAUACAUUGUUUUCACAUGGAUUCUGUGCCUGAUUGCUCUAGCGUCGGCUUUGAAACUCUAUUAUCUCGUCAAGACUGCUCUGGCUUCCAUGAUUGUACUCAUGUACGCCAUUCUCAUUCUCUUCUGGCAUGAGGAACUCUUCAUGACACCUGAGGACAGUGAUGAAGCUGCGAUUCCUCUCUCCGCGCAGAUGCUGAUACUUUUAGUUGUCUUCCUGGUGGUCGUGACGUACCACGGAAGACUAGUGGAGGUGACCUCGAGGCUUGACUUCCUGUGGAAGCAACAGGCUGAGAGGGAACUGGGGGACAUGGUCGAGUCAAAGCACAAUAAUAUGCAGUUGCUGAAGAAUAUCCUGCCUGAUCAUGUCGCACAUCAUUUCUUGACUGCUGAACGUCCCCCGGAGGAAUUGUACUCUCAGCAGAGGGAAAGAGUGGGGGUGAUGUUCGCCAGCGUCCCUAAUUUCACAGAAUUUUACUCUGAAGAUGUUAAUAAAGGGAUGGAGUGCAUCAGAUUGCUGAAUGAAAUAAUUGCGGAUUUCGAUGAACUUCUUGACGAGCCUCCGUUCCAUUGCAUCGAGAAAAUCAAGACUGUUGGCGCUACUUACAUGGCUGCAUCCGGUCUCAAUCCGCGUCAAAGUGAUCAAUCGAAAGACGACAGAGACCACCUCUGCAGACUAGUGGACUACGCGGUGGCGAUGCGUCUCCGCCUAGAGGACGUGAACGUUCAUUCCUUCAACAACUUCGACCUUCGAGUGGGCAUCAGCUGUGGUCCCCUCGUGGGUGGGGUAAUCGGUGCUCGCAAGCCAGUCUACGAUAUCUGGGGUAACACAGUCAACGAGGCCUCGAGGAUGGACUCCACCGGAGUAAUGGGCAAGAUCCAAGUGCCCAAGGACACUGCCAAGUUCUUGGAAUCCCAAGGUUAUCAGACCCAGAAACGUGGGAUGAUCGAGGUCAAGGGAAAAGGCACCAUGGAGACUUAUUUCGUGUUGGGGAGGGAUACACUCCAGCCCGAGGGAGCGCCGAGGGGCCGCAGCAGCUGCAGAAGUCUGGCUGCUGUUGUUUAUGGGGUUGUGCAAGCGAGGAGAAAACAAAUGUCAUUAAUCACGAGAACAUAAAUUGAUUAUUAGUUGAGAGAAUGAUGAUAAUUGGAAAAAUAAUUGGGAUGGAGAGAAGAAAAUCAAAGUUGAGGGCAGUUUUUCGUUGAUAUCUCGAAGUCUAUGGGAGACGGCGCAAUUUUUGUGAGAAACUUUUUUGUGGGGCGAGAGCAGAGCUACAAAAAACGCCCAGUUGGAUUUUUCGCUAUCUCUCGUGGAUCUGGAGAUAUUUGACAAAAACUGACUUUAAUGUUGGAGGAAUGAAAUGAGGUGAAUUGAAUUCGAAAAUUGGUUUCUGCUAAAUAUCUUGGAAUCGAUGGGAGAUAGCGAAAUUUUCAUUCAAACCUUUUUUGUAGAGCGGAAAUAGAUCUACAAAAAACGUUCAGUUGGAUUUCUCGCUAUCUCCCCUGGAUCUCGAGAUAUUUUCAAAAUACUGAUGUUCAAAAGUGAGAAUGACUUAUUGUGUUUACUACUUCACUUCAGGUGAGAUUUUGAUGAAAAUCUUGGAACCGAUGGGAGCUAGCGAAAUUUUCAUUCAUACCUUUUUUGUAGAGCAGAAACAGAUCUACAAAAAAGCUCUAAACGAAAACUGCGCUAUUUCCCCUAGAUUCCGAGAUAUUCACCAAAAUAAAGGUAUUGAAAAUUUAGUUUCGUUUAUGUUUUGUAAAUAAAAUGCCGAAGAAUUUUCCAAUCAAAAAGAUUAAAUCUCCUUGAUUGAAAAAUGACUAAAAAUGUACAUAAAUCAAUUGAAUAGUUAGUAACUCAUAGAAUAGUACAGUUAAUGAGUGUGAAUCAAUAAUUUUAAAAUAAAAAAAUAAAACAGAAUGAAAUAAUCAUCAAGAUUGAUGAGAAAACGUGAUAAUUCCGAUGAAUCUGCAAUGAAGAUAAUCAUGAAAGAAUAAAAUAAAAAUCAAUAAGCAACUAAUGAGCUUUAACCGUUAUAUUACAUCGUAAUGGUAAAACACAAUAUUAAUUGCAAUAAUAGAUCUCCACAAUCUCCCCUCGGCAAUCGAGAAAACUCAAUAAAAAAAAAGAAAAAAUUUCUCUUUCAUCCACGAAUGGAGAAUUAAUUGUAAUAAUUAAUUAAUCAAUUAGCGUCACUAAUGGUAUUAAUAAGGCUAGCUACAGUGCAGUUUUAUCAUCUUAAAUAAUCUACUGUACAGUUUCACAAUAAAUUCAAGUAUUAAUUUACACGAAUUAUCUUGAAUUGAGACGUAAUGCAAAACUUUUAUUACUUUUAUUUGAUAAAAAUGAAGAUAAUCGACGAUUUUCAUUAUUUAUAUAUUCGUAGGAUCGAGUUGGUUUGUCAUAAAAAUCUUCAUUUCAGUUGUUCUCUUAUGUAUAAAGGCACUGUACACAUGAACAUUAUAUACAUAAAAGAGCCCGAGGGCUGUCAAGAGUUAUAUGAAAAGUACUGAUUUGUUUUUUUUUUCAAUUGUUUAAUUCAAUUGUUCAAUCGAAAACAGUAAAACGUGGUCUUGAAAAAUA